UGCAGGCGGGCGGGCGUCCGCGCGCGCGUUCGAACUGGCGCUUGGUGGCGUUGCCAUGGGGAUGUGGCCCGGCUGACACCUAAGUUGGGAGGACCGGACGCUCUGCUAUCCCUGCCUCAGGGCUUUCUCCUGACGGCACCAUUUCUUCGGUCCUCGGAGAAAACUGACCGAGGAGCGGCCCGAAAGGCCCCGAGGGUUUCACUAUGUAACUUUGGCUGGCCUGGAAUCCUUGAGAUCCAUGUCUUCUCCCUGGGUAGGUUUAAAGAGUUCAUAUAAACCUAGUCACGAAAAUGGCAUCCUGGUUAUAUGAGUGCCUUUGUGAAGCUGAGCUUGCACAGUAUUACCCUCAUUUUACUGCGCUUGGCCUUCAAAAAAUAGAUGAACUAGCCAAGGUUACAAUGAAGGACUACUCCAGACUGGGAGUCCAUGACAUGAAUGACCGCAAACGUCUCUUCCAACUUAUCAAAAUCAUUAAGAUUAUGCAGGAGGAAGAUAAAGCCCUCAGUAGCCCAGAGCAUCCUGUUCAGGCAAGCAGCCUGUACACCAAGCCUCGGGAAUUCAGAUCUGGGCCCCGAAGACAACUGCAUUUUGAUUCUCCUUCUGACAGCAAAGACAAAAUGGCCAGCAAUGAAACGGGCAGUUUUUCUGAUUUCUCUAUAGAUGAGCAGAAGUCCAUUUACCUGAAAGUGCUGGAACACGUGCUACCAGAUGAUUCCCAGUACCAGACAAAAAUAAGGGCCCCGGAGUCCUCUGCUGCUACUGCUUCCAUGCAAACAGAAACCAGCACUCUGCUCUUUUCAUCAAAUUACUUUUCCCCAAAACUGGGAAAUGGUGAUAUUCCUGUUAUUCAAAGAGUCUCUCAUGUUUCAGGGUAUAACUAUGGAAUCCCUCAUUCUUGUGUCAGGCAGAUCACCCCAGAGAAUCCUUGGACUGAAAUGGAGAAAAUCAGAGUUUGUGUUCGAAAACGGCCUUUAGGUGUAAGGGAAGUACGGCGUGGAGAAGUUAAUAUUAUUACUAUAGAAGAUAAAGAAACUCUGCUUGUACAUGAGAAAAAAGAAGCAGUUGACCUUACACAAUAUAUUCUUCAGCAUGUUUUUUAUUUUGAUGAAGUCUUUGGUGAGGCAUGCAGCAAUCAAGACGUAUACCUGAAGACUGCUCACCCACUCAUUCAGCAUAUUUUCAACGGAGGCAAUGCCACUUGCUUUGCAUAUGGACAAACAGGUGCGGGGAAAACCUAUACCAUGAUAGGAACUCAUCAAAACCCGGGAUUGUAUGCUCUGGCUGCCAAAGAUAUCUUCAGGCAGCUGAAAGUGUCCCAGGCAAGAAGGAAUCUCUUUGUGUGGAUCAGCUUCUAUGAGAUCUACUGUGGACAGCUGUACGACCUCCUAAAUGGAAGAAAACGGCUCUUCGCAAGAGAAGACAGCAAGCACGUGGUGCAGAUAGCUGGCCUCCGAGAGCUCCAAGUGGACAGUGUGGAGCUCCUCCUCCAGGUGAUCUUAAAGGGCAGCAAGGAGCGCAGCACGGGGGCCACUGGUGUCAACGCAGACUCCUCCCGCUCCCAUGCUGUCAUCCAAAUUCAGAUCAAAGAUGCAGCCAAGAGGACAUUUGGCAGGAUCUCUUUCAUUGACUUGGCCGGGAGCGAGAGAGCAGCAGAUGCCAGGGACUCAGACAGACAGACAAAGAUGGAAGGCGCGGAGAUCAACCAGAGUCUUCUGGCUCUCAAGGAAUGUAUCCGCGCCCUGGACCAGGAACACACCCACACACCUUUCAGGCAGAGCAAACUGACUCAGGUCCUGAAGGACUCUUUCAUUGGCAAUGCCAAAACUUGCAUGAUCGCCAACAUCUCCCCAAGCCACAUAGCCACAGAGCAUACAUUGAAUACCUUGCGCUACGCUGACCGGGUGAAGGAACUAAAGAAAGGCGUUAAGUGCUGUGCUUCAGCUGCCAGUCGGAAUCAGACAUCUGCAAACUCCUCUCCAAAACGAAUCCAGAGCUCCCCUGUCACCCUGCCCGGGGACAAGUGCUCCCCCAAAAAAGUGAAGCUGGGACUUCAGCAGUCACUUACUGUGGCCCCAGGCCCCACAAAAGUUAAAGCCUACCCUUUGGCCAGCCACACUCCCAACAUCCCCUUUGUCUCUGGACCUAAGACCCCUGGUAAAAAGAGUAGUUCCCGGGGGAGUCCUACUCCAGAGUGGGACAUGAAGGCUACCCCUUGCAGAGGAACCAUGAGAUCUAGCCAUUUGAUCAAAAAGGGAGCAGAGUCGGCACCAGUGUGCUCUGAGAAAAGUCAAAUUGGCAGCAAGACUGCUGUUGGGUGGGAGGGCAGGACCUCAGGCCCAAGAGAAGGUCUGCUGCGUGUCAGGCUGCCCACAAGAGGGAAGAAGGUGCAGCCAGUGCAGCCAGUACAGAAGCAGCUACUGUCCCGGGCUCUGCUCCUUGGUAACAGCCACCACUCAGAAGCCACUCAGGGCAGCAAGGUGGUUACACCUGCCAGGCUUGCUCCGGAAGCUUGGACAAACCCCAUUCUGCAGCAGAAGGAAAGGGAGGAACACUUGCGAUUUUACCACCAGCAGUUCCAGCAGCCACCGCUCCUCAAGCAGAAGCUAAAAUACCAACCACUGCAGAGGCUUUUAUGCCAGCACAAGCCCUCAGAAGGUCGGCUCCAGAAUGAGACAGUCUUUCCCCUCCAUUCUAAUCCUGAGAACCCCGAUGGAGCCCAGGCUGAGGACCUUGAUGACAGUGAUUUCAGCGAGGAUUCUUUCUCACAUGUCUCCAGUCAGCCGACCACAAAACCAAGGAACACCUUGGAAAGGAGUGAAAGCUCCUUCUUCCUUCAUCAGGACAGGGAACACAGCCCCGAGGAGCAGGCAGCAGAGAGGCAACAGUGUUUGCUUUUCAGCUCUGAGACGGAGGGUAGUAGGAAGGGGCCAGCUGACAGCUGGGUGUGUUCCAGAGACCCCGUCAUCAGCCACAGGAAAGGAGCACUCAGUCAAGGCCACGGCCCAAGUAUGGUGUGCCCAGACUGGAGCAAGGAGGAAGACUCUGGGUCCUCAGGACCUUCUCCUAAGGACAGCCAAACCCAGAAACCUUCACAGGUAGAUUUUAUGCAUCACCAAAAAAUGGGAGAAGCUCUAGCCUUUGAUAUCCGACUGGAGGCCUUUGGAAACGAAGUCCCUGAGCAAGCUGGGGGCAACUUGUCACCCCCAUCCCCGGGAAAUGGGCUGUCUUUCCCACUCUCUCACGUGGCUGUGUCUGGAUCCCCAGACCAAAGAGACAGAGUCUCCACACCAUUAAGAGAAGUCAGUGAAAACAGAGUGACUCAGACUCGUGGAACAGUGGACAGCGGUAUUCCUUUCCAAGAAGACUCUGGAGAGCAGAUACAUGUGUGUUCUGCAAAUGCUUCUGGACUCAUGGCACCCCUCACUAUGUCCCUCCUGGAGACCCCCAAUCACGAGGACCUUUCUUCCUUGGAGCAAACUGGCCCAGAUGGAGCUGGUUACGGUUUCAUGGCUGAGAUUAUAGGAGGGCCAGCAGCGGGACACACAGUAUCAUCUUAUGAUCAAGAGGCUGCCUUGCCAGUGGCUUCAGCAACUGAGUGCCUUUGGCUAUCUUCAUCUCCCCCUGACAAUCGGCCCAGUGGUGAUCUUCCAAUUCUGUCCCCAUCACCCAUCCAUCAGCAUUCACCUGACAGACUGCCCAACAGGGAGCCCUGCCAGAACAGAAGGCCAACACUCUUGCCCCAGAAUCAUGUGGGUGGCGAGACAUAUGGUGACAAUGCUGAAGAGACUGAACUGGGGGGUUCCUUGACAUUCCCAAGGAAGCCCUCCUCCAACAUACAUGCUGGUGUACCCUAUUCUACACCUUUCCUCACCUCAUGUACAGGAAGUAGUGACAGAGCAGGCUGUCCCUUGACCCAGGAGAGAAAAUAUCCUACAGGGGUUAGCUGGCAGGAGCUUGUUUCCUCCACAGAGUCCAGCAAGCCUCAUUACAACGAGGACAUCCCAUGGCUCAGGCGCAGGCCAAUCUCAAGGUGUUUAGACUCAGACUCUCCUGUGGUCCCCAGCUGUUCUCCAAAGGCCUUGGGGACACACUGUCCACCUACACCGGAGCAGGCACAGCAGGUGAUCAUCCGUGCACACCAACAACAGCUGGAUAAGAUGGCUGAGCUGGACUUCAAGGAGGAAACCUUAAUGAGCCAGAUGGAUUCUAAUGAUUUUGAAGAUUUUGUGACCCGUCUGGAUGAAAUCAUGGCUUUGAAGUCCAAGUGCAUCCAGAGUCUGAGGAGCCAGCUACAGCUCUUCCUCACCAGCCGCAGCCACAGGCCAGCCGCAGCCCCCUAGAGAACUGUGCUGUCUUAGAGGAAGUCUCACCCUGGGGUAGGAAGAGGCUCUGCCAGGGCCGUCCUGCAAACAGCCACUCCCUGUCCUGCCAUAGGGCCAACUACAGGGCCACCUGGCUGAAAAACUUCAUGUCCCCUUUUAUUUGGGGCUCAGAGUAGUCACUUUGGCAACCUGUAUCUGUAGGAACAUUCAGUCUAAUAACUUUGUAGAUGUUCCUAAGUUUGAGGAUGAGACCAGCGUGUUUAAUGUUAACUUGGACAACGGAGGUCAGAGGUUAGGGCGCACCAGCUGAGCCGACAGCCUUAUUGCUAACAGUACCUUUCUGUCGUCAGAGGUUACAGCACCAAUACCAGCCAGACAGGCAGGGAACCCCUUCCUAGCAGAGAGUGGAGAUUUAGUUUUGGAAAUUAUAAAAUGAACAACUCUUGGUAUCUUCCUUGAGGCCUGCGGUACGCUCUGUUUACAGUCCCUUUCCUGCAGUCCAGCUCUGACAGUGCCAACAGCAGCACGCUGUUCUCAUUAAUUUUUUUUGCUAAAACAGCAGGCCCAUGGACAGCAGCUACCAGCCCUCACAGUUCUUGUGGCAGAUCGUAGCUCCUGUCUAUGACUCCUCAAUCCCAAUGCCUCGGAAUGAUUAGACAGGCUGGAGAAUCUCAGGCAAGUCCGUUUCUAGGCUUGAAUCUUCCAGGGCACCCAGGCCAGCAACACUCAAGGGCCUUCUGACACAGCAACAAACACACAACUCUUCAAAUGAGUUCUUGUAUUACUGUGUGUGCAGGUCAGAUGCUAUCAGGUGUUCUCAAUCACUCUCUACUUUAUUUUUGAAACAUGUGUCUCACUGUUGACCUACCCAGACUGAUUAACAAGCCCCAAGGGUCCUUCUUGUCUCUCCCUUCCCCACUCACAGACCACUGCUCCAGGUUUUGCGACAGGAUCUCUCUAUGCAGUCCUGGAGUUCUCUAUGUACAUUAACUCACAGAAAUCCUCCUGCCUCCCAAGUGCUAGGAUUAAAGAUUUAGUGUACAGUAUUACAACCAGCAACUCCAGGCUUUCUACACAGUUGAGAUCUAACCUCAGUCCUUAUGAUUGUACCACAAGCAUGUUACUGACAGAACCAUCUUCCCAUCUCCCGUAUGGCCUUUUUAACAGAACCUCAAGGGAAACAAAGAGCCUCCAAGAGUCCGUUAGUUUCAUAAGUCUCCCGAACUAAUCUGAGAUUCAUGUGUCACAGCCCUGAAGCCAUUACCACAUAAAUUUAAGAACGCUAUGGUUUUAGGAUGCUAUAUCUAAAAAGCCAACAUAAGCCAGGUGUGACGUUGUUCAUGUGUAAACCCAGCAUCUGGGAUGCUGAGGCAGAAUGAGGACUCUAAAGUCAAAGACAUCCUAGAUAAUGAGAUCUGGCCCUCAUUUAAAGGGCCAAAGGCUAACUCAAAAGAGCUGAAAGGGCUGGGCAGUGGCAUACACCUUUAAUCCCAGCACUUGGGAGGCAGAGGCAGGCGGAUUUCUGAGUUUGAGGCCAGUCUGGUCUACAGAGUGAGUUCCAGGACAGCCAGGGCUACACAGAGAAACCCUGCUUCAAAACAAACAAACAAACAAACAACAAUAAAAGAGCUGAAAGGGUCAACAGUUUGCCAGCCACUGGCAGUGCUUGAACUGACCACCAGAUGGCAGCCUGGUCCUAGCUUAAGGCUGUAUAGCCUCUCACAUCAGAGACCAUUCCCAACCAAAAACACCAAAGGGACUAGAAACUAGGGAUGGACUGUCACCACAGGAGCCCCACUGCAAGCAAGGGAGCACUUUAAUUUGCCUGUGUGGCUGGUAGUAUUCACAAGCAAAGGGACUUGUCAUCUUUUAAAGGACACCUGGAAACCUGUAUGUCCCUUCUCCACUUUGGCAAGAAAGCAUAUACCGUUGUUCCACAGACUACACCAGGUUUAAAGGGAUCUUUGGGUCUGUAUUUGUAAACCAAAAAACCAGAUGAGACAGGAUGGCCAGCUUCUGGGUCCCAUAGGUGGGAAAAGGAUACUGGAAUGAAAGGGAAAACUGGGCUCUGUUCCAGGCCAGAAAUGACUGUGCAACCUGUCUACCCACUGUCCUGAGUCAAACUAUUCAUUUCUCAAAAUAAAGAGGUUAAGGCAGCAUGA